CAAAAUGAGUAUUUUGUGUGUUCAUCUCUCUACAGGAUCGACCAGCUCAAGCCAUCUAUCAACCUCGUUCACGACCGCGUGCCAAUGCUGAGGAAACCACAGGAAGAAAUUCAGGUACAGUAUGUUUAAAAUUAAAGCUGUUCUGAGUGGUUAUAUUACUACCUUAAAAAACAAGCAGAAACUCGACGUUUCGAGCGAAGGCCCUUCGUCAAGAGUUAUAGUAGUAGCAGGGAUCGGGGAAAAAUGCACGGGCUUUUAUACUAAGAGUAUAAAAGCAUCACGUGACAAAAAAAAACCCAAUUAGAUGGAUUUAAUCAUAACAAAGUGUAAACAAAAUAUGUAAAUCGCAUUACAGAAUAUAAUAUAAUUAAAAAUAUACAGGAAGCUACUAAUUACUACAAAAAAUAAUAAUGAAAACAAACACGAGUGGGAAUAAGGUAAAAGUAAUAAAUAGAUGUUGUCAAUGUCUGCUAUAGACAGGCAAGGGGACAGAUGGCAUCAUAGACAAUCCAGAAGACAUGUCUUCUGGAUUGUCUAUGAUGACAUUAAAGAUAAGAAAAGCGUUCAUUAAUACCAGAAGGGUGAACAGUGCCAAGUUUGGAUAUGAGGCGCAUUUCAUGUCGUUUGCGGCUAUCGUUGCUUCCAGAAAUGGGACAGAGGGCUCGAAUUACCAUAUCUGAAACACUGUGAUUGCCAUUAUUGAAAUGUCUGGCAACAGGUUGGUUAGCAUCAUUGCCAAUAACUGCACGCCGAUGCUCACCAAACCUUGUUCUUAAACAUCUUCCAGUUUCCCCAAUGUAAAGCAUGCCACAUCUGCUGCAGGAGAUGCAGUAGAUGAGAUGGGAGGAGGCGCACGUGAAAUGGUGCUUGAUGUGAAAUUCAGAUUUAGGUGCCGAAACAAUAGUGGUAGAAUCUACAAAAUCACAGGUUUUACAUUUCGACGACAGGCAAGGAAAAGUGCCUUUCUGUGACGUCGAAGCCUGUGCUAGGGAGCUAUGGACAAGGGUUUCACGGAUAUUUUUGCUGUGUCGAAAAGAGACUAAGGGGUUAUCGGAGAAAAUGGAAGUGUUUCAGGGUCGUUUUUCAAAAUAUGAAAAUUCUUGUUGAUGACAUCUCUAACUUUGAAAUUGAAAGGAUGACAGUUUAAUACUAGGGGGAUUUUGUUGUUGCCUGUGACAUUAGACACAGGGUCUGCGAGGGUGUCAGAACGGGGAAUUUGGGAGGCCUUCGAAAAGGCAGUGUCUAAUAGAGAGGUAGGAUAACCACGUUGGACAAAAAAGUGUCUCAUCUCCAGACGUUUGGCCUGAAAAUCUUCGUCUUCACUGCAGAUGCGGCGAAGACGAAGGAACUGAGAGAAGGGAAUCGACCUUUUGGUGUGGUUGGGGUGGGAAGAGGAAAAUAGAAGAUAGCUAUGGGAGUCAGUGGGCUUGUAGAACACAGAAGUAGAUAGUUUGUUACUAUUGAUUGAUACAAAGAUAUCUAAGAUUAUUAUAUAUCAAUAGUCAAGGUCGCAUUUUUCUAGUGUUUUAUUGGUUGAGAGCAUAUCACGUGAGAGUGACGAAAUUAGGCUGUCUCCCUCGCAACAGCGCGAGAGGGAGAUAAUACGUUAUCGACCGGCGAAUAACAAAAAAAUCACGUGCGCCAUCACGUGAAGAUGCGACCUUUGGACAUACCUAGUACGUAAUUAAAACUUUCGCUUUAAGUAACUGCAGUGUAGCGUAAUUUAAUAUGACGUUUUAACAAUAAAAUAUUUCAUGCAUUUACGUUCAUUUGUUCUUUAAUUUGUUGUUUCUUUGACUAUUGAUAUAUAAUAAAACACUUAUUUACUGAGACCUCGGGAAAGCAAUGUGUUUUGUGGACCCUCGACCGUCAAUGUUUCCCUCGGCUUCGCCUCGGGAAACAUCGACGGUCUCGGGUCCACAAAACACACUGUUUCCCUCGGUCUCAGUAAAUAAGUGAUAAAUGAUACACUGGUCUCACUGAUCUCCCAUGUGAACUGGAGUGCCGGAUGGAAAUUAUUAACAAAGUUAAUAAAGCGUUCCAAUUUGACACGAGAACAUGAUGCUAUGCCAAGACAGUCAUCUAUGUACCUACCAAGGUAAUCAGGGAUGGGAUCAGUAUACUGUUCAAAGAUUUGUUUUUCCACAAAACCAACAAACAAAUUAGCAUAGUUGGGUCCCAUUUUAGUUCCCAUGCCUACAUCAUUUAUCUGUUGGUAAUGCUUACCAUCAAAGGAAAAGUUGUUGAGGGUAAGCACCAACUCAGCCAAUCGGACCAAAACAGAAGUGGCCGGUUCCUGGUUAGGGCGUUUAUCUAGAAAGAAUUUGAGGGCCCUUAAACCAUCAUGAUGCGGAAUUACUGUGUAUAAGGAAUUAACGUCCAUUGUGAAAAUGAAUUUGUGAGUGCCAUGAAAAUGAAUGUUCUGGAGAAUUUGGACAGCAUGCUUGGUAUCCUUGAUAUAGGAUGGUAAGUCCUUAACCAAGGGUGCCAUGACACGAUCGAGAAAACUGGAGAUGAGUUCGGUGGGACAACCCCUGAAACAUCUUCCAUUUUCUCCAAUAACCCCUUAGUCUCUUUUCGACACAGCAAAAAUAUCCGUGAAACCCUUGUCCAUAGCUCCCUAGCACAGGCUUCGACGUCACAGAAAGGCACUUUUCCUUGCCUGUCGUCGAAAUGUAAAACCUGUGAUUUUGUAGAUUCUACCACUAUUGUUUCGGCACCUAAAUCUGAAUUUCACAUCAAGCACCAUUUCACGUGCGCCUCCUCCCAUCUCAUCUACUGCAUCUCCUGCAGCAGAUGUGGCAUGCUUUACAUUGGGGAAACUGGAAGAUGUUUAAGGACAAGGUUUGGUGAGCAUCGGCGUGCAGUUAUUGGCAAUGAUGCUAACCAACCUGUUGCCAGACAUUUCAAUAAUGGCAAUCACAGUGUUUCAGAUAUGGUAAUUCGAGCCCUCUGUCCCAUUUCUGUAAGCAACGAUAGCCGCAAACGACAUGAAAUGCGCCUCAUAUCCAAACUUGGCACUGUUCACCCUUCUGGUAUUAAUGAACGCUUUUCUUAUGUUUAAUGCCAUCAUAGACAAUCCAGGAGACAUGUCUUCUGGAUUGUCUAUGAUGCCAUCUGUCCUUGCCUGUCUAUAGCAGACAUUGACAACAUCUAUUUAUUACUUUUACCUUAUUCCCACUCGUGUUUGUUUUGAUUAUUAUUUUUUGUAGUAAUUGUCUUAGCUUCCUGUAUAUUUUUAAUUAUAUUAUAUUCUGUAAUGCGAUUUACAUAUUUUGUUUACACUUUGUUAUGAUUAAAUCAAUCUAAUUGGUUUAUUUUUUGUGCAUUUUUCCCCGAUCCCUGCUACUAACUCUUGACGAAGGGCCUUCGCUCGAAACGUCGAGUUUCUGCUUGUUUUUUAAGGUAGUAAUAUAACCACUCAGCACAGCAUUUUCACAUUAGUACUACCUACACUGCAUGGUACAGACAGUUUUAGUGUUUAAAAUUAAACCCGUUUUGAUCAUGUUAUAUAGUAUAGUAUAGUUAUAUAUAUAUAUGUUAUAUAUACAACCCCAUUAGCACGCCACGCCUUUCGCGAGAAGAGUCUCCUGAGUUUUUAGAAGUAACUGAGAUGGAAGUACAAAAGGUUCUGGCCAAACGCAACCCCUACAAAGCAUCAGGACCAGACGCAAUACCUAAAGGCUCGUUUACACUUGCAAAUUUUGCUGCGAUUUUAGGUGCGAUUUUCUUCUUCUGCUUGAUGUGAACGAGUAGAUAAGUCAAUUUAGUCAUGAAUGUUCACAUUGCUGUACAUGUACUCCGAACAUUCGCGACUCCUCUACUCGUUCACAUGCAUCAGAAGGAGAAAAUCGCAUUAGAAAUCGCAGCAAAAAUUGCAAGUGUAAACAGGCCUUAACUGGUUGCUUAGAGAAUAUUCCAUUCAUAAUGGCUUUACCAGUUACCCAGAUUUUAAAUGCUUCAUAUUCUGAGCAAUGUCUACCCGUAGCUUGGAAGAUGGCAGACGUGUCAGCAAUACCAAAAAUUAAACCAGUACGGAAUCCUAAGAAAGAUUUAAGACCUAUCUCGUUAACGCCAUCUGUUUCUAAAGUCGCGGAAGAACUAUUGGUUGAGAAAUACAUUAAACCAGCUAUUUUAAAGGUACUUGAUAUUAAUCAAUAUGGAGCCAUCCCAAAAUCCUCCACAACAAUGGCAAUAAUUGACAUGUUACAUACUUGUUGCCUAGCUACUGAUGGAAAUGGAUCAACAAUUAGAACUAUAAUAUUCGACUAUCGAUACUUAUUGACCAUGGUAUACUUAUUGGCAAAUUAUGCGACCUAGAUCUCCCAAAUAGUGUGAUAAACUGGAUUAUUGACUUUUAACUGAUCGAUUCCAAAGAAUCAAGCUGGUAAAUAAUUGUUACUCUGAAUGGGGCAUGGUUCCUUCUGGAGUUCCACAAGGAACGAAGUUGGGGCCAUGGCUCUUCAUCCUGAUGAUAAACGACUUAGAUAUUGAAAAUCACGGAAUCUGGAAAUAUGUUGAUGACACGACAACGUCAGAGAUUGUUCAUAAAGAUGCAGCCAGUAACGCUCAGAAUAUAGCAAAUAUAGUUAUGUCCUGGUUUUCCGAGAAUAGAGUUCAAUUGAACCAUGGAUAAUAAAAUAAAUGGAUAGGAAACUAGCUGACGUUAUCUAAUGUUUUCAAUGGGCUGAUGGCGUGGUUGGAUGUUGAAACCUAGUUGCAAACCAAAUUCUCAAAAACGGCAUGUUUAGCAAUAAUACAGCUAAACAUUUUAGUCAAAGAGCAAAUAAAUAUGACUACGCCAUUCUACGAUGAAGCUCUAAGUAUUCCCAGUCAAUUUUAGCAAAUAUUUCAAGCACUAAACAGUGAAAAAAGCAUCGCAAAUUUCGUUAAAAUUGGGGACGCCAAUUUUGUAGCUACAAAUGUAAAAAAAUACAAAACAAAGACGAAAAACCUUUACCUUGAAUACUUUGUCGUGGCUUAGGCAUGUUUUUUAAAAAAAUUAGACCAGUUUAUGCUUCAAUAUUACUCUUUUAAAGCGGAAAGUAUAGCGAAACAACAAAAAUGCCGAGAACUUUGCAAUACGCGUGACGUCACAGAUUGCAACUAGGUUGUUUUUGCUUACGUCAGCUAGAGUCCUAUCCAUUUAUUUUAUUAUCCAUGAUUGAAUCCAGACAAAUGUAAAGAAUUGAGAAUCUCUUUCUCUAAUCAACCCCGUGCCUUUGAUCCUGUAGUGGUCGAUGGUAAGGAAUUAGAUGUAGUUGAUACCGUCGAACUUUUGGGAGUUACUCUUACAAACCAACUAACCUGGAAUCCCCAUAUUGAAAAGGUCAUAAAGAAAGCUAGCAAAAGACUAUAUUUUCUAGUCCAACUAAAGCGAGCAAAGCUACCUAUUGAAGACUUAGUGCUGUUUUAUAUAACUUGUAUCAGAUCUGUAAUUGAUUAUGCAAUACCUGCAUUCUAUUGUUCUCUCCCACAGUACCUAAAAUCCUGCAUCAUCACCCCAGGACAGGAUUACCAAACAGCUACGAAAAUUUUGAAUGUAAAACCGUUGCAAGAUCACCACGAACACCUGUGUGAAAAACUCUUUAUAGCAGCUAUCUCGGAUCCAACUCAUAAGAUUGGCAAACUGUUACCAACAAGAAAUGAAGCGAACUAUGAUUUAAGAAAUAAACGAACGUUUAACGUUCCCCGGGUUCGUACUAAUAGAUUGAAGAAUACUUUUAUUUUAGCAAAGUGCAACUCACAAAACUAUAAUAUUCCAAAUACUAACUGAUAAUUUUUAAUGAUAAUUUUCAUAUUAAUUAAAUAAUGGUUAUUUAGUAACUUUGAAACCACUUGUAAUAUAGUUAUAUAAUUUUUAGAAUCAAACAUGUAAAUAAUUACGUAAUUCAGCCUUAUGGCUGCGAAGUAAUUUUAAUAAAUCUAUCACUAUCUAUAUAGUUAAAUAUUAACAUCUGAAAUUAAGGGUGGAACGAACACGGUGUUUUUAUAUCGUAAGAGACGACAUAGAGACAGUAUAGCGAACAAUUAUAGCACUGAAAUACAUUCAAACAAUAAGGAUUACAUUGAUGUAAAGUUUUAAUUAAAUCAAGAGGGUAUUACAGAUCAUGUACUGUUUUGUUGAAAUAAUUUGUUUGAAACAGAUUCAACUAUAGGGAAUGAUAAACUUGAUAUUCCUCAUCCCGUACAAAUGUACAAUCGUACAUACACUAGUCGAAAUUGAUCGUUUACUUGGCUGAUUACUUUCCUGAUUUACAGGGAUUGCUCCAAGCGCAAAUUGUCUUGACUUGCUUUAUUUUUGUUCUUGUAGAGACUACAUUGUUUUUAUUUCUGGCUACUCAAUUUUGCUUCACCCUCUGCCUUGGUCUGAAUACGUAAUUAAUUGUGCGUAGCGUAUACGAAGCCCACGAAUAGGAAUUUUAGUUAAAUUUUCGUAAAACAGAUUGCAUAUUGUCUUCAUUGCCUACAUGCAUUUCCUCCAUGCAACUUAAAGCGCGUUUACACUCUACAAGCUUAGCCUUAGGCCUGGCAUUGGCCUAAUUUUGCGUAUGGCGAUUGGUUGAUAAAACUUGACUGAACUCUAUAUAUGAAAGGCCCUCUCCAGCUUAAAAGGUGAAGCUAAACAUGGCGAAUUUUGAAGGCGUUAGUUUCAAUCCCCCCGACUCGCGCGGUCAACUAAACUUGUAUAUAUUUUCCUCAAAGUUCCCCUAUCCGGCUAUCCUCGAGUAAAAAUAGAAGAAAUUUAAAUCAAAAGUUGAACGCUGGUGUUUUGUUAGAGUUAAUUUGACUGGGAAGAAAACAAAUAGCGCCUGGUUGUUGUUUUUACAAGUGAGAGAAUCAACACUGAGUUGAUAAACAAAACACAAAUGUUACUCGGUCUAUUUUUAAACACCUCGACAAAGGUUUCGCUCUUGCAUAUAAACAAGUCCGAUUAAAACAAACAAUUUAAGUUAACAAAGUCAUUUAAUUAAAUAUGAAAAUAAAAAAAUUUUCCAGUUUAUACUAUACGCUGAAUUUGUGAGAAGCGGCAGAACAUUUUUUUUUUGGGGGGGGGGGGCUAAACCCCCGUUGUAAAACGAGGAAAAUAUAGCCCUGUGAAGUUCGCAAAUUUUGUAUAUACUGUAUUUGCAUUACGCGGUGGAAAAAUAACCAUUUUUAAGCCGAAAGUGGUCAUUUUGCCGCGCGUAAUACAAAUAUAUCCAAAAUUUGCGAACUUCAGAGCUAUAUUUUCUUCAUUUUACAACGCUCCUUCUAGCUGUGGUGUUGGAUUUUGUUGUUCUUGCCUUGAUCAAUGCCCAUUUCCUAAAUAACCAAAGGCCAACAAAGAUAUAUAUUCAGGGUGAAAGAAAAUCAAUUUACAUUCACUUGAUCACAAAGUAGGAUAUUUUCUUUUGCAUUUUAGCCGGCGAGCAGCAAUUUGACAUUUUGACGACUUCGUAGUUUGUAUAAAUGGUCUCGCAUUCUUCAUGUUGUAUUUUUUUCUCUUUUUGGGGGGGAGGGGGGGGGGUGCUAAGCUCCACACUGUUUUACUUCUGUGGUGGGGGCUAAAGCCUCCCCCCCUGUUCCGCCACCACUGAUUUUCCGCCAUGAAAAUUUUUAAAUAUUUGGCCGCGCGGGUAUGGGGGACUGAAAGUGACGUCUAUGAAUGCCUUCAAAUUCCGCCAUGUUUGGCUUUACUUUUUGAUUGACUGAAGUCAGCCCUCCGUGUAAACUAGUCAGCCAAUUUAGUAAAGAAAUAUCGUGCAUGGCCAAGGCUAACUCGUGAAAUAUCGUGCAAGGUUCAGUCGGUCACGAGAUUUGAUUUUGAUUUAAAAAAAUAAAAGCUUCGGAAACGGAUAUCGUGUAGCACACGCGAAUGAAAACAGCCGCGCGCGGGGAGCCGAGGCACGUGGAGGUGGGAGACCAGUCCGUGGCCAAGGCCAGGCCUAAGUUUGUGGUUUGAACAUGGCUUAACACUAACCAAUACACUGAUACAGUUUAAAUUCUCAAUUUCAAUUCCCAGGUCGUCAAGCGGGGAAGGAACAAGGAAGAGUUUAUCGGGAUAAUCCGGGAAGAGAUCGGGAAAACUGUCAACGAGGUAGGGAUAACUCGACACGGGAUCGAGAUUAUCGCGACAGCAAUCGACGACAAAACCGAGACACCCAAAAGAUGCGAGAAAAAUCGGAUGACACCAGCAAGGAGUAAUGGCUUUCUUUGUGGAAUGUUAAAUUUACUUUGCAUCGUUUAUUCUGGUAUUGAUACUUCAUAAUUAUGUAGCAUUUGAAUUAUUCCCAUGUGGCUGCUUGCUUAAUAUAUAACUUUUACAUUCAUACAAAACCUUUUUGCAUGUAUCAUGAAUGGAAUAUUACGUUUAUAGUCUCCAUUGUUUAACGUAAUUUUAUUUAAUUUCACAACAAUAGAAAUGUUAUAAAAGAUCUGAUUAGCUGACACAUGCGCAAUCCGUGCGGAAACCAAUCUUUUUUUUGUCCAAAGGCAAAGCGGUUUUUGAGUAUUCCAUCGGUCUGGCGCACUGAUCUGUAUCAGUGGUCUGGCG